UGCAAAAUCAAAUUUAUACAAUAUUCAUAAGAAAAAAAAAUUAAGAACAAAACGGGUCCCUUUUUCCUCCUUGGCCAUCUCUUACACCUCAAGCUCUACAAAGAGAAGGGGCAUCUUCGGCUGUAAAAUAACUGCAAAACAGGUCCGGAUCGACAUCCUUCGCCACGAGAUCUUCCAGAUUUAUUGUUCGUUGUAAAAGAUGUUUGGAUCCAGAUCUACUGUCCGGAUCGACAUCCUCUGCCGCCUCAAUUUCCUUUGCGGCACUGUUCACGGCGUAGCGGGCAAAUCGUCUAGAGAUGAUGAAGGAGGGGAUGAAGAAGUUGUUGAAAUCCCUACCUUUGGCGUGAGAUUUGGGAGUAGACUUCUAUUCAUAUCCAAGGCCUAAAAAUUUAACAAAAUUUACAUCUUUUAAAAUUUUUAAAACUCUAAAAGUACUCCGUACACCUAGAAGAGGAUGUACAACGAGAAAUCCAAGGCCUAAACCUUCCGAGAGAAAAAAAACCCUAGUUUCAGAGCCCAGCUAUGGAUCCCAACUCAGCGGAACAACGAAUAAUAACGGAGAGAUUGAGGCCGAAAGUGGAUGAAGUCAACAGAGCUCUACAGACGCACUUCUCAAGCGUGGAAGACCAUGUCAGUUUCACCCUCCAGCAAUCGUACUUCAAAUGCGCGUACGAGUGCUUCGACCGGAGGAGGAAGCAUGAGGAGAUAGGGACUUGCGUCGAGCGCUGCACCGGCCCUCUUGUCAAUGCUCAGAGUGUAUUUCAGAACGAAAUUUCAGUAUUUCAAGAAAAGCUGCAAAGGUCACUGCUGGUCUGCCAUGACAAAUACGAGUCUUCAAAACUCCAGGCGAACAAAGGCAAUGCCAUGAUGGAUUUGGAGUCGUGCGUUGAUCUUUUGGUUCAAGACAGCAUCAAGACAUUGCCUCAUGUUGUUGAAAGAUUGAAGGGCAAAAUGGGCAUGACUGAUUGAUUCUAUGUAGUAGUUUGGUGGGAGAUACAGAGCUUUCAUAUUCUCAUAAAUAAAUAUCCAGCCACCACCUGUGGCAUCAUCACUAGAGUGCAGUAUUUGUAGUCACUGCAGAAACAUGGUUUAUUUAUUUACUUCAUCCAUUAUAAACUACUACUCCCUCU